GAAAUGUUCUUUAUGUUUUAGGAUCUAGAUCCAUCUAGUGCCUUUGUCUCAGUUGUGGCAAAAAAGCAUCGUAAGCAAAUUCCAGGAUUACAACUUAAGCAAGACAUUGUCCUCGAUAUUAAUAAUCACUAUUCGCCGGACUUGCCAUCGGAUAAUGAAGAAGAUCCUGAGAUAAUUAUUUUAAAAAGCAGACAGAUAGCAUUGGAAGGAAAUGCCAAAGCUAAUGAGGGGCGCUAUUCUGAAGCUGUUGAGUUAUUUUCAGAAUCAAUUAAAUUAGAUCCUUCUGAUCAUAGGUUUUAUGGAAACCGUUCUUAUUGUUAUGAUCGCCUUGGAAUGUUUGAUAAAGCAUUAAAAGAUGCAGAAAAAUCAAUUAAACUUUGUCCAGUGUGGCCUAAAGGUUAUUUUCGGAAAGGUAGAGCUUUAUUGGGUCAGAAAAAAUAUGCUGCAGCUGAAAAAUUUUUUGUUGAAGUUCUAAAACUGGACAAUGAUUGUGAAGAUGCUAUAUCUGAAUUGCGUAAAGCAAAGCUGUUGCAAAUCAUGGAGAAAGGAUUUACAAAAGAAGUUGCUGAGGAAUCCCUGUCAAGGCAUGGCUCAGUUGCAGAGGCUCUGGCAAGUUUGCUCUCCAGCGGAGUAUCAAGAAUUCAAGUCAGAGACGAUUUAGAUAUCUUCAUUUCUGAUGAUGAAAUUGAAAAUAUAGAUAAGACUCCACCAAAACCUAAGCCAAAGCCUCCUACUCCACAUCUGACUCCAUCCGCUACUCAAUCACCCUACUAUGACAUCAAAAGAGACCCUAAAAAUCCUGAAGGACAUAACUCUAUAUGGAUUGGGAAUGUUCAACCGGAUGUCACUGAAAAAAAAUUAACUACAAUGUUUGGGAAAUAUGGUGAAUUAAUAAGUGUGAAAGCAAUCCCUGAAAAGUUUUGUGCCUUUGUCAAUUAUAAGAGUAAAGCAUCUCCAGGAAAAGCUAUGCAAGCCCUUCAGGGAUAUGAGUUGAGUGGAUAUAAUUUAGUGAUACGGUUUCCUAACUUGCCAGGGGAAACUGCUGCCCCAGCUGCACCUACAGCUGUAAAGAAGAAACCAGGAGUUAUUGGUCAAGAAGUUAAGAAAAUGGGUCCAGUUAAUGGCAAUGAAUGCUAUUUCUGGCGAACAACUGGUUGUGUUUACGGUGAGGUCUGUAGAUACAAGCAUAUAAAGGAACACAAGGGUAUUGAUAAGAAAGGCUGGCAAGUGACAUGAAGAAUUAGUAAAAUUAAAUAAACAAUCUGUUUUAAUUGUAGGAGGUUUCACAAAAUGUUAACAGAUAAAUUUCUUGUUGAACUAAAUUAAUAAUUGUUUUUUUCGUAAUGCCCAAAUUUUAGGAAUUCCUUUUUUCAAAUAUUUUGCUUAAAUUCUUGCAAUUAGUAAUAUCUUGACUAUUUAUUAAAAAGUGCUAUAAAUGUAAAAAUAGUGUUUAUAGGAUUAACUCCUUAGUUUUUAUAGGAUCCAAUCCUUAAUAAUUUCUCUGAUUUUUCUUUUUUAAAUUAUGUGAUGUUAUGUGUUGUUCAAAGAAUGAUUUACUUAUGAUUCCAACAUGAUUAUUUAUAAAACUAUUUGUAAGGUCAAAUCUUCAAUAUUUAAAAUAUUUUAAAAUGAUAAGCUUUUUAGCAUUGUUAAAUUACUGACCUUAAAUGUAACACUUGUAACUUAAUUUAAAUCAACAUCACAAUUUUUAAAAAAUUAGAUUUAUGUUAUUUAAAUAAAUUAUUAAAAAAAUGAGAAAAAAAUCUUUUAGCAGAAUUACAUAUAAAUUGUUAUCUAAGUUGAAGAUUUUUUUCUAAGAAUGUGUUUAAGAAUUUUUUAUUAUUAUAUUCCUUAUUAGUUAUCCUAAUUUUUUUAUUUUGUACUCUUAAUUUUGAGGGGAAAUGUUAAUCAAAAGUUGAAAUUAACAUUUUUAAAUUGCAUUUGAAUAUUUUUAAAUUUUAAAAACUGCUAACAUUUUGUGAACUCCCCUAUGCUAGAAAGAAUGGACUAUUUUAAAUAUAUUUUUAUACUGUGUACUUUUAUUACAUUUUCUAUGGGAUCAUUUUAGCUACCUAGAAAUAUUUCUUCUUAAGAGCUUUGCCUUUAUUUUGUUUCAGAUUAUUCUAUGUUCUAAAGAGGACAUAUCAUAUUUGUAUGUGUACUGUGAUCUAUUUAUACAGAACUCAACAUAUAUAACAUUUUAAUAAGGUCACAGAACAAUUUAUUUACUUUAUAUACAGUUUAAUUCUUAUGCUAUUACUAUAUUUAAACUGGAUGAUUUCUAAGAUUUUUGAUUUCUCUAACUUCAGGUAAUAAAAUUGUGAAAAUUCAAUACUCUUAUUUGAUAUUGAAUUUUUAAUGUUUUUUGAUAUAUUUUAUUCAAUAUUCAACUGUUGAAUUUUCCUAUGAUUUUAGAAUCAAUUCAGAUAUUAUGUAAUCUCUAGGAAAGGGAAAGUGGCUUUUUCUCUUACAUUAUAUGAAUAAUUACAGUAUAUGAAUUCAAUGGAAAAAUCAUAUUUUUUAAAGAUAUUUUAUUCAUAAAAAUAUUUUUUGAAAAGUUUUUUUUCUUCUUAACUAUCAUAUUUUAAUUUCUAUAAUUAUUUGAUUAAGAGACCCAUAACACAUGUUUGCUAGUAAAAAUCAAUAAAAUUUAUGACAAUAACAAACCACUUUUUAACUGAAAUGAAUUAAAAAAAAUUUUUUAAGCAAUAAGUAAGUCUCCUAUGUAAUGAAAAUAAUUUUCCUUAAGUGUACAGCUUGACAAUUCGUUUGCAUAAUAUUUGAGUGAUUUCUAACACACUUAAAAAUGAGCUAAAUACAGUAAGGAACCGAUUAUCCGGAACGAUCGAGACCA